AUGAUUGUGGAUUUUCUUUUUAAUGUAUUCUCCUACAUUCCGCAUUUUAACUUUCAUUUCAAGAAGGUUAAACCAACAUUUGAUGUUGAUUUUCGCGGAGAAUAUGUUCAAUCUCUUCUUCUUCUCGCUGCCUUUUGUGGAGUGAUUCUUCUGCUUCUCCUUUGCACAAUCGCCACAAUAUGGAUUUGUCAAUGCUGUCGUCGGCAUGAUGCAUCGGUGAAAUCACGAAGAAAAGUGAAGAGACUCUCAACGGCUCUCUUCGUCAUCUCAAUCUUUUGCUUCUUUUUUCUCGGCUUCACCCUCUUCGCCAACGAUCAAAUCAAUCGCGGUGUGUCAAGCUCAUUGAAUGGAUUGGAUGAUGUGACUCGAUCGUUCAUCUUGGCUAAGAGUCAGGGCUCAAUUCUCAACGGUACUUGCGGUAACUCAAGCACUCAUAUCAAAGAACUCUUCGAUGUUGUUGACAAGAAACGAAAAGAGAAAGGAGUCAAUCAAACGUUAGUCACUGAAAUUGACGGCGCUUUGACGAACAUCUCGGACACGGUCGAGGACGUAAUGGAUCGAUUGAGGAAAUUGGAUGGAGUGCUUAUUGAUGUCUCUUUCUUGGAUAAAGCUCAUGAAUAUGGAGAGAGGAUUGAGAUUGAGAGAUGGCUUCUCUUGGUGCUCGUCCAAUCCGUGCAACUUUGCGUUCUCUUUGCCGGUGUGAUUGCCUUUUGCAGACAAUCAAAGAAAGGAGCCGUAAUUUUUUCAUCCCUCGGCAUCGUCAUCUUUGUGGUUGUCUGGUUGUUGACAGCUUUCGUCCUUCCAGCAAGUGUUGGACUCUCCGAUUUCUGUUCGAAUGGCGGUGCAUUCGUCAAGGCAAAGAUCAACGAGAAAAUGAUUGAGACUCUCGAUUUCUACAAGGAUUGCAAAGUCUCGACAUCACGUGAUAAUGUUCCAUUGGUCUUGGGAAUGAAAGAAGUCUCGGCAUCACUUAAUCUCAUCCAAUCGUCAAAGACCAAACUCGACUCGUUGCUUGAUCAAACGUUCAACAGAAGUGCUGAGGUUGCAAACGUCUCGAGCUUGAUCACUGCGGACAACUCGAAGGCAUUGAUGGAUUUGGGUGCUCUUCAAUCAUCACUCGCUUGUUAUGCAUACAAAAUCGACGUAAAUGCAAUGCACAGUGGAUUGUGCAGUCAAGCUAUGCUUGGCGCUGGGAUCCUUUUGCUCUCAUUGUUCCUCUUGGGCGUGAUGAUGUUCAUCUUAUUAAUUGUCGUCUCAAGAACCUGGCACCUCUUCACCAGACUUCCAUCCGAUUAUGUGGAAGUGGACGAGGAUGAUCCGUUUUUCCCAAGAACGAAUGAUUCGGCGAUCCCUGUGGACAUCUACGGAACGCAUGUUUUCAACCCAAGAACUCGGGAGAGAACCGAUCCAUCGACGGGCACCACAUCAGCCAACACCAAUGGAACCUCGGCCGAUGAGGCCUCGCAGCCACUCUGGCGAGGACCAUCCGCUCCACCAGCUAAUGGUACCUAUCCCCGCACAGUUCUCGGCGACUACGGAAAUUACAACCACGAUCGCUAUGAGAUUCAA